AUGAAAUACGGAAUUUUCCUUUUCUGCGUUCUGAUCUGUUGCGUUUCGUCCUCAUCGUUGAAAUUUGAUUUUGACCUCGACUUUUUCUCCCAAGAUGACAUCUUUGGGGAAACUGAUUUGGACAACUUUCUCGAAGUCUUCGAAGGCAACGAGUCAGACUUUUUGCUUGAUGACGGUUGGUUAGACAAAGCAAAGAGUAGUAUUCACAACGUGGUAGAGAAGUCGACCGAUUGGAUGGCGAAGAAUGGUGAGAAGAUAUCAAGUGGUCUUGACAAGGUAGCUAAUGUGGCUGGGACUGUUGCCAAAGUGGCCGGUGUUGUGAAUAAAGUAGCUACUGUUGCUUCUGUCAUACCUGGUGUUAAUGCUGUUGCUGCACCCAUUGCAGCAGCUUCUAAAACCAUUGAAACUGGAGCGAAAGCAGUGAAAACAGUUGCUUCUGUAGCGAAGAAAACGGUGGAUGUUGCGACCGACUUUUCAAAAGGGUAUCAAAAAGGUGGGGUUAAGGAAGGGUUGAAACAAGGUGGGAAGACUGCUUUGAAUAACGCAAAGAACUGGGCAAUAGACAAAGCUGUUGGUGUCGUAGCAGAUGCUGCUGUUGGUGCUGGUAAGAAAGUACUAACUGGACAGAAGCUUGAUCUUUCAUCUGCCAAUUUGAAGUCGACUGCAAAGAGCAAAUUUAAAGAAGCGUUUAAUGUGAAAAAAAAGAUGAAGAACACGUUAGGUGACAUAAAGAAAACCACAAAAGGCUUCAAAACCACAUAUAACGAUAAUUUGUCAAAGAUAGCUGGUGGAGACAAAGCGUUGAAAUUAUCGACCGUCAAGAAUGGCGUCAAGAACUUGAAAGGAAAAAGUGCGAAACAAAUCGCAUCGGCAGCUAAAACUGGACUGAAGAAUGUGGGGAAAAAGAUCACGGCAAAUGGCAUAAAGCAGACGGCGAAAGCAGUUGGAAAGGGUGUUGCAAAACUUGCGAUGGACAAGGUCGAGAAGAAGGUGAAAGACAAGAUCAAAGGCACUUUGAAAACGUCCAUCAACAAAACUACCGCCAGAGUUGGUGCUUCAGCCAAGAAGGCUUCCACCAAAGCAAAAAAAGUUGUCAAAGGAGUAAAAAAGGUUGUUGGUAAAGUGAAAGGCACCGUCAAAACUUCGAUUAAAAAUAAAGUCAAGUCGAGUGUCAAAAGUAUUAAAAAAUCCGCCAGUAAAGUAAAAAGCACUGUAAAGAGUGUUAAAAAGACGAUGAAUAAACUCAAAGGGACAAUUAAAAAAACCAAAGCCAAAGUGGCCAAUAAAGUGAAGAAAAUUGUAAAGAAAGCUCCAAAGAAAAUUAUUACGAAAGUAACAAAGAAAGUGACACCCAAAGCUUCCAAAGGAAAGAAGAAAUAA